UCAGUACAACGAGAAUGGCCUUCGCAACCACGCGCACUAUAUAACCUACCCACCUCACUCGCCCUCUCCCCUCUAAACCCUACCCGCCAGCCUCCGCCUCCGCCUCCGCCUCCGCCGCCGCCGCCGAGCUCCUCCCGCGCGCUCCGAGCCCAUCAUGGCGGACGUCGAAGUCGAGACGGAGGUCGCCGCCGGCGCACAGCCAAAGAAGAGGACGUUCCGCAAGUACAGCUACCGCGGCGUCGACCUCGACGCGCUCCUCGACAUGUCCACCGAUGACCUCGUCCAGCUCUUCCCCGCGCGCGCCCGCAGAAGGUUCCAGAGGGGUCUGAAGAGGAAGCCCAUGGCGCUCAUCAAGAAGCUGCGCAAGGCGAAAAAGGAUGCCCCUGCUGGCGAGAAGCCAGAGCCAGUGAGGACCCACCUCCGCAACAUGAUCAUUGUCCCUGAGAUGAUCGGAAGCAUCGUCGGUGUCUACAAUGGCAAGACCUUCAACCAGGUUGAGAUUAAGCCUGAGAUGAUUGGUCACUACCUUGCGGAGUUCUCCAUCUCCUACAAGCCGGUUAAGCACGGUAGGCCCGGUAUUGGUGCCACCCACUCCUCUCGGUUCAUCCCUCUCAAAUGAGUCAUGCAGCUUCUAGCCAUCCAGAAUCAGAAUUCAGUGUUAAGCGCCCAUGGCUUGUCCUUCCAGUAUCACUUGUUUUUUGAGCAAGUUAUAUACCUAAGGCAUUUUGUUCUGUUUAGCUAAGCAGCACUGUGCACAAUGAUCUGUUUUGCCAAGUUUAUGUGAGAAUCUUGUUAACGUUGUCGUGAUCGUAUUGUUGAUUCUUAAUUCUUAAAAUCCUGGUUUGGAAUUUUCAUUAA